AGGCGGCCGACGGCAGGAGCCGCUUGACAGGCGCGGGGGCCGCCGCAGGACGCCGAGGAUCUGCUUCCCGCCUGGCCCUUCCCCGGAAACAGUUGUGCUGAAAGGAAGAAUUAGCUGAGCCUUUCAACUGCUGCCCUUUUAUUGGGAGAGGGAGGAUCACAGAAGUGUUACCAUGGGGAGGACAGCAGCUAAAGAACAGUUUAACUGGGAUGAUUAUCUGAAAGAGACUGACUCAGUAGCUGCCCCUCUGCAUUGUUUCAGACAGUCUAGAGUCCCCCCCAGCAACGACUUCAAGGUGGGGAUGAAGCUGGAGGCUCGCGACCCUCGCAACGUCACCUCGGUCUGCAUCGCCACAGUCAUUGGCAUCUCUGGGGCCAGGCUGAGGCUGAGGCUGGAUGGCAGUGACAACAAAAAUGACUUCUGGAGGCUGGUGGAUUCUUCAGACAUACAACCCAUUGGGACCUGUGAGAAGAAAGGGGGCAUGCUCCAGCCCCCCCUGGGCUUCCAGAUGAAUGCAUCUUCUUGGCCAAUGUUUCUCCUAAGAACUCUGAAUGGAGCUGAAAUGGCACCCACAGCUUUCUUUAAGAAGGAGCCGCCAAAGCCUGUGCCAAACUGCUUCAAGGUUGGCAUGAAGCUGGAAGCCAUCGACAGGAAGAACCCCUACAUGAUCUGCCCUGCCACCAUCGGGGACGUGAGGGGGGAGGAGGUCUUUGUUACCUUUGACGGCUGGAGAGGAGCUUUUGACUACUGGUGCAGAUGUGACUCCCGGGAUAUAUUCCCUGUGGGAUGGUGCAGCCUGACAGGAGAUGCACUGCAGCCACCAGGGAACAAUGUUUCCAUUCCAAAGAGCAGUGCCAAAAUCCAACCUUCCCCCUCCAAAGCCUGCCGACGCUCGGUGCAGUCUCCGCAGAAGCCUGCUCCGCCGCCGCCGGCGCCACGGGGCAGGAGGGCAGGGCGGGGCAGGGCCCCCGGCGCGGCCGCGCCGCUCGCCAAGGGCAGGGCUGCCAGAGCCCUUCCCCUGCCCAAAGGCGCCCCCCACCCUGACUGCCCCAAAACACCCAACCCCAGCUUAAAACCGGGAAAAAAGAAAAAAAUGUUGCUAGAACAACAGACUCCUGCAUCUCCUCCUCCUCAUCCUUCUCCUGAGGGGGACACUGGCACUACACAGACACCUAAAGAUGGAAAGGGUUUGCCUGGGGCCACUGCAGCUGUGAUAUCCACAGUGUGUGUUUAUGUCAACAAGCAUGGGAAUUCUGGGCCACACCUGGAGAAGAAGAGAGUUCAGCAGCUUCCUGAUCACUUUGGACCAGGUCCUGUCAACGUGGUGCUUCAGCAGGCCGUGCAGGCUUGUGUGGACUGUGCCUAUCAAGCCAAAACUGUCUUUGGGUUUCUGAAAUCUGGCCACCACGGAGGGGAGAUGAUAACUGCCUCCUUCGACGGGGAGAAGCACUGCAUCAACCUCCCUGCCGUCAACAGCGCCUCCUUCGUGCUGCGCUUCCUGGAGAAGCUGUGCCACAGCCUGCAGUGUGCCCCCCUCUUCAGCAGCCAGCCCUUCAGCCCCUGCCUGGGCUGUGCCCACAGCCCCAGCCGCUGCGACCGGCCCAAGCCAGCAAAGGAAGAAAGCCCUGAGAACAGAAGUGCCAAGCGAUACUCUCAGGACUCUCCGCCGUAUCCUGCUCCUCCUUCCCCUAAGCUCCCCAGAAACGACGCUCAUCCAUCUGAAGCAGAAGCAUUGCCUGCAGAAGAGAACAGCACUUCCAAAGGACAUCGCUUUCCUGAGGACUCUGUGGACUCCUCACUUAGUUCCCUCCAUCCUUCCAGCCCCACCCGCUGGAAUUCCAUGGAAUAUCGUGCUGCAGGGAGCAGCACAGCCUGUUACAAGAGCUCCCUGCACUCAGUGACUGCUACCUCAACCUCAGCCCCGGCCCUGCGCAGGCUGUCCCUGAGCUCUGCUGCCAGCAGUGGCUACUACGAAGUCAGUAGAAGUCGACUCCAGAGGAGGAUUGAAGCUGCAAGUUCCACCACUGGACCUGACCUGACUUCCCUAAAAAAGGAACCUUCAAGGAGGCUGAGCAAAGAUCCUUCCAGCUGGUCCAUCGAGGAGGUGAUGAGCUUCGUGAAGGAGGCUGACCCUCAGGCGCUGGCUCCACACGCAGAGCUCUUCAGGAGACACGAGAUCGAUGGGAAGGCACUGCUCUUGCUGAGGAGUGACAUGGUGAUGAAAUACAUGGGACUGAAGCUGGGGCCUGCCCUCAAGCUCUGCUACCACAUUGAAAGACUUAAGCAAGGGAAGUACUGACCAGUGGAGGAACCUCAGCAGGAGGUGUGUGUGGCUCUCACACUAAGCUCUCAGGUUGGCAGCCAUUGUCUGCAGCUCUUUUGUUGCUAUAAAUCAUCUCUAUUUUU